CCCCCCCCCCUAUGGACCGGUGGGGGACAUCCCGGUCCCCAAAGCAUAUACAGACCAGCAUGGAACAAGACCACACCAACCACACCAAAUGGUGGGGCAACAGACCGAAGAGGUACAAACAAAAUGGCCGACCAACCUGCGUAGAGCAGGCGGAGCACCUGCACAAGGGCACAUAUGUCCCCUAUGACAAUAUUUGACCGGACCUGCGCUGGUCUCAGGGCAGCACUGCGAAACCGGGGAGCAACUCACCGCCAAGCUGACCGGAAGGUGGCCUCAUGGUUGCGGCCAACAGCGCGACGCAGGCACUACAUACCGGUACCCCAAGCAUCCAAGAUGGCCGUCAGGCAAAACCGAUACCGAAAGGCAUCGAGAAGGGACACACGCUCUCACCCGCCCACAAGCAAAGCCAAGAUCUCCAAUCCAACAACGACGCACACUACUAAAAUAUCUGACCUAAAUCCCGGUUACCAGCACAACACCAAGCGCCACCCCUCAACCAAUACUGCAACUCAAGGGAAGGGGAAACGGCACACCACAAAGAGACGGCCUGGAGCUCAACCCCGAAAUAGAGCCAACGGGCCCCGCGAAUGCUAUGACGUGGAGAAUAGCAACAGCCGGCUGAUCAUACCAGCGCUGGGCAUAGGAUGAAGUGCCUACCACACUGCCUCAAACGGGUGAAGGGAAUGUUGGGAGCACACGAUCCAGCUAAGCACCCGGACCCUGAAGCAUAACUCAAGCCACGAAUGGACUAAGCUCAUAAGAUCUCAUGGACUGGUGGUAAUAACACUAAAACCUUAGGGGGAAAAAAAAGUUCCUGAUAGUCCUAUGGACACUGAAAAUUGAUAAAUCAGUUAAUACCCAAGCUUAAAAAACGUAAGGAUGCUACUUUGAGUGCUAGGCUGAACAUAGCAAUGUGCCACAGGGCAAUCGUGUCUGGAAAGAAUAAAGAUAUUAGGGUAUAAUAUAGGCAAAUGAUAGCAAUGUUUUAUAUUAAGAUGCUUCAUCACAUAAAUACCCACAGCAUAAAGUUUAUAUGCACUACGUCAUAACUAGAUACUGCUCUGCUACAAAACAUGCUCACACUAUAUCGAUUCUAGCAUAAGCGAACAAGCACAGUUAAGCACCUAGCAUCUUUAUCUUACUCUUCCUUACUCUAUCUCAUUUAAACCUACAAUGAUGUAACAGUUUAGUUAAGCUUGCAAAACAUACAAAAAUGUGCAAAUUGUCAUGCCACUGUCUCUUUUAUGAAGCUUGAAAUACGCUGUUGUGGCGUCCGUUGAAAUCUUGUAACCAUCUGCACAACCCAAAAUAAAG